AUCAUACCUGCCCGUAUCAAACCGAGGCUGUCAAACCAUGGCGGAUGUUCGAACAAGUAACAGUCGAUAGCGUUAUUAGUUACCAACAAUGAAGAAGUUUUUCAAGAAAAUAACAAAAACUCCAAGCAGAGAAGCUGCUCCGCCUGGAUCCCCAAGUUUAGGUGCUGGUGCUCAACCGAUACCAGAGCUUGGAUAUGAUGUUCGUGAAAAGGAUUUACCAAAACUACACAAGGCAGCAUGGACAGGGGACAUAGCGAAAGUGAAGCAAUAUGUGAAAAAAGACUCCAGUGCUCCUGAUAAGGAAAAUAGGACUGCUCUCCAUUUGGCAUGUGCACAGGGGCACUCUGGUGUAGUACAGGAAUUGCUCGAAUGGCAUGCCAAGACCAACAUAGGCGACAACGACACUAAAACCCCGCUCAUCAAGGCGGUGGAGUGUAACCGAGAGGAAUGUGUGAUGCUGCUACUGGAGCACCGUGGCGACGUGGAUGCUACAGACCGUGACGGUGACACAAGCCUCCAUAUUGCUGUCCGCAAUGGCUACACCAACAUCGUCAAGGUGCUCCUCCGCAAUGGUGGAACUAUCGACAAAAAGAACAAGGAGGGCUGUACACCACUACACAUCGCAUGUAAGGGCAAGAAGCCAGAGAUUAUAAGGAUACUACUGUUUGACAGCAAGGCUUCUGUAGAUGUGUCGGACAUCAAUGGCAGAACUCCCCUGAUGCUGGCCAGCUAUGAGGGAUCUGUAACUGCUGUCCAGCUUCUCCUCCAGUGUAACGCCAACACCAUGAUCAAAGACACCAAAGGUUUCACAGCAGAAGACAUCGCAAUGAUGACUGCCCAGCACGGAUGUUCUCAGUUGAUCCGAGACUAUAACGUGAAGUUACGUCGAUCUGUUAGCGGGGCCAGCAGCACCAACACUACCCCGCGCUCAUCCAUGGGCUUACCCACGAGUGCCACGCCCACACCGCGUGACAACACAAUCACCCCCGACUUUGGACUACCAAUACAGCAACAGUCUGAUGAUGAAUCGGGAGAUGAGGACGUUAGCAAGCUGUCGACUGGUGGAGACUUUGAUCACUCGUGGGGAGACGACACAGACAUGAGCCUGUCUGUAGGGGACAAGAAAGGCAAGGGAUUGGCGGGCCAGCGGAAACUAGACAGGGAUGAUUCUGACCUAGAUGCUGACUCUGACAUGGAGCAGGAUCUGCCCAAGAUAAACCUGGCUCAGGCUUUGACUAAGUCCGUACCACCGGACAAUGUCAGCGAUGAUGGUGGAGGGGAGGAUGAACUACGUUCCUGUCUAAAACAGUCAAGUUUGUAUGCAGAGGGUGGUGCCCGAGGCCGUCCAUCGCCUCGCACUCCUGUGUCCAAACAGGACUCCAAUAAGUCACUUCACUCCCAAACCUCCAUUGAGGACAACUGGUCAGAUGACGAGGAAAUGUCACAAAACCUCAGUCGCAAAUCAAACACUCCCCGCGUCACCUGGAAGGAGGGCAACCAGCUGUCAGAGAUGCAUGUGAUUACAGGGGAUGAGGCGGAGACAACAGAUGAUGACGACUACAAAACAAUGGCAAAGCGUCAAAAGAUGGACCAAGGUGGCCAUGCACAAACACAGGAUAUGGGACAGGGGUACAGCCCCACAGUAAUUGUGUCGGACAAACCCAGCGCGCCUAUCACCCCAGAGCAGCACAAAGAAGCUGGAGACUUGAGAGCCUCGAAAGCGGUGCCUGAAGUCAAAGGGGCCCUGAUGCAGGACCUGGGUCUGAGUGACGUGUCGGAGACAGACAGUGAGGAUGACGUGGAGUUCCCCAGCGAGGUGUCAGACCAUCUGAUGGACAACAAAGUCACGACUCAUCAGCAGGUGAAGGCCACACCUGUGAAACAGGCGGAGGUGGAGGAGGAGGAGGACGACGAGGAGGGGGAACCUGAUUCCAUGGCUAACUCAGAACACCUCACUCCUCGUCCAGGAAUCUUGAAAAAUUGGAAACAGCACAGUAAAGAACAGGUUGAGCAGAACAAGGCACAGUUGUCACAGAGGUCCGAUGAUGUCUCGGAGUGGGACAGCGAUUUGGAAAAUGAAUUGGACCCUGAAAAAUCUAUAUCUGGAAACGAGGGCAGUAACUGGGACUCGUCAGCUGAUGUCACCACACCUAGAAACCCUGUAAUAGCCCAGACUGUAGCCAACUACCUUCCCCGUGGUGACGAGGAUGAUGAGGAUGACGUUGAAGCAGUGGACUAUGUGGAGGAGGUUCCCUUAGAGACGGUCAAUGCAGCCAUACAAGAGGCUGCUGCACUGGAUGCUGUAUCCGUGGGAACAGUGGACAGCAACCAAUCAGCUGGCACCUCCGGGUCUAAACCAGAAACUGUUCGCGAGAACUUACAGGGAGCGGGACAAAACAAGGAUCAAGAUGAUAACUCUGACUGGGAUUCAGAGGAGGAAAUCAUGUCAGACGAGGAGAACAACAAAACACCUGUGCAGGAACAGGCCCAUCCCCUGCCUGACAAUCCCAUCUCUCCCCGAGCAGGCCACCAUCUACAAGAGGACUCGGACGAGGAGGAAACCGAGGAAAUCAGUGAAUGGGAAAUAGAGCGACAGAGGCAAAAGGAAGAGCGUCAGAGAUUGGAGGAAGAGGAGGAGCGAAUGAAGGAAGAAGAAAGACAGAGACAACUGGAAUGGGAGGAGGAAGAGAGGAGACGACAGGAGCAUCAGAGGAAGCUGGCAGAGCAAGAGGAGGAGGAGUUUGAGAUGAAGCUGGAGGAGGAAGAGCUAGAGGAACAAUUAAGACAGGAAGAAGAAGAGGAAGAAAGAAGGAUUCAGGAAGAGGAGGAGAAAGCAGCCGCAGAGGCCCUGCAGAGGGAGAGAACCUCUCCAGUGAGAGAGGUGGAACAUACACAGAUAGAUCUACACCAGCUCAAACAGCUCCGCCUCAACCAGGAGGCUGAAAGGAGGCAGGAAUACCUACAACAACUAGAUGAUCUGAGUUCGGAUGAGGAGUUUGUUGAAGAUGACAAAAAAGUUAGCCCUGCCCUGGCACCUGCCCCCACUGUGACCUCCCCCAAACGGGAAUUGAAGACAUGCAACUUUUUGAGUGUUCACAAAUUUUUCAAGGAUGAGAAAAAGGAGACUCUGCCAACCUCCCAUACUAGCCCUGCUGUUACUCCUACUGCUACCUACCAGGUCUCCUCUCAGUGGGGUGUACCGGAGAAACAGGAGGCAAAGAAUGUCCAGAAGGUGGAGGGAGUCACAAAGGAAGUGGAGGAGGAGGUGAUAGUACGGGCAGUGAAAUCCCCUGGCCUCCGCUUCUCCCCAGUACCCACCCCAGCCAUGGAAAUGGCUCGCCAGAAGGGACCUGAGGCGACCAAACCCCCUGAGAUCCCUGCACAUCCUCCCCCGCCCCAGUUCAGCACUGUGUCCCCUCCUACAAGGAGUGAAACACUCCCCCAGCACAAAUCCCCCACCUCCCGACCCUCUCCCAUCAACCCAACGCGCCUCAAAAUGUCUCUGCAGAGUGAUGGCAACAGCAUGGACGAUGAGGACAGUGAUCUGGAGCAGGACAGGUCGGACAUGGGGACGUACCUGAAGAAUCUGCCAACAUCCUACAGCUACGCCCCCUACAAAGGUCUCGACCUCCCCGACGACGACAUGCUAUCUUUCACCUCCACAGAGAAUGGUGACAGCUCAACAUAUGCCAACACCAACCUGCCCUACGGCAAGGACGUCCUGGCCAACAUGAAUCUCAGUGAUCCCAAUACUGUGAUAAAGCUACAGGACCACCUGCGAGACCAGAGGAAGAUGCUGGACCAGGAGCGCAACCAGAGACUCACUAUGGAGAGCAAACAUAAGUCUCUGUCCAAGGGUCGCAACGAAAUGCAAAAGAAGAUAGACACACUGAACCAGCAACGUACAUCACUGGAGCAGGCCAAGCUCGACAUGGAGCAGAGAAUCAGGACUCUGGAGUACAACCUCAACGAGGAGAUCGAGAUGAGGAAGAAUGCUGACAUCCUCCUCAACAAGACAAAGGAGCAGCUGUCCCGCAAGGAGGAACAGUACACAAAUGAGAUGGAACGGCACCAGAAGGCCGAGCUCCAGAUCAGGAACUUGCAGAUGGAGAUCAGAACUGCCACCAGUGCCAUGAAACAGCUCGAGGAUGAGAAGGAGACCCUGACUCGUCAGUACCAACACGAAAAGAAUGCCCGUCAGCUACAGGAACAGCUUAACGAGGAGCAACAUAAACUGCAGCACCAGCUACACACAGAACAGGUCAAGGCUGCCACUCAAAAGUCUGAUGCUGAGAAUCGUUUUGAAGUUGCCGAUGAAGACAGGAAGUACACCCAUGAUCACUUGGAAAAAGCUCGGGCAGAACUUGGUGCUAUGAAGAUGGAGCUGGACAGACAGAGGUCAAGGUUCAAGGACGAAAAUGCCCUGCUUUCGUCAGAGAAUGAGGAGCUGCAGCAUAAGAUAGAGGACCUGAAGACUGAGAUUAAGCUGAAUGAGGAUGCCCUGGCUCACGCCACAGUCCAGUACAACCUCCAGAUCAGCAACAGUCGCAGUGAGGUCAACGUCCUCAAUGGUGUGGUGGAGCGUGAACGCCUUGCCAGGGAGAAAGGCGAGGCACAGUUGGAGUCAGCCAAAAACAGACUCCAUUCGGCUGCUAUGGAAUUGGAGAAGAGUGAACAGGCCAGGAAUGAACUGGAAAGGCGAUACCAGGAUGACAAGGAGAACUGGGAGGUCACGAAGGAUCAGAAACAACGAGAGCUACAGGACUUACAGGAACAGAACCAGACAGUGUUGAGGAGGAGCCAUGCCAUCGAGGCUAAGCUUACCUCUGUGGAAAAUGAGUUCCAUAUUGUCAGUGCCAAUUUGAUGGAGAAAUCCAACCUGUAUAACCAGACAGCCAAGGAUCUCCAGUAUUACAAAAGUGCUCAGGAAAGCUACGACCAAAACUACCAGGUGGAAAAGGAACACAAUGUGAAACUUACAGUCAAGGUUGAAAAUCUCCAAGAAAAGAAUACAGGUCUACAGCAUGACAAUCUUAGUCUGAAGCAACAGUUGGAGACCUCCCAGCAGGUCUUGGCGGACCGUGCUGCAGACAAUGGUCAGGAGAGGUUCACUGCUAUCCUAGCUACCCUCAAGGCUGAACAAGACAAGUCUCGUUUGUCCGUGGAGGAGAGGAAUUCAUCCCUCACGGAAACAUCAUCACGCCUCAGGGAAGAGGUGCGUAACUCUGAUGCCCGACGCUCACAGCUGGAACAGGAACUCAAUCGAAUGAAUCGGGAUUACAACGACCUCAUCAGAAAACUUUCUGUGGCAGAGGCAUCCCUAGAAAUGGCACUAAAGUCCAAGGAAUCCCUUGAGCAUGACAAAGGUCAGCUGAAGCUGGAGGUGGACAGACUACAUCAGAAAUAUGAGAUGGCCCACGAAAAGUCCAUUGAGUCCCAGGCCCGCAUCACAGAGAUGGUGGACAGGCUGGAGAGAUCAGAACAGAACAACCUCUACAGCAGCCAGCAAAUCAUGAACAACUCUGCCAACAUGGAAGCUUACACAAGGACGAAGGAUGAGCUGGAGGAAAGCAUGCAGAGGAUACAAGUUGAUAAUAUCAAACUUCAGGCUGAACUGACACAUGAAAAGCAGCGUGCAGAGAUGCUACAGAAGGACUUACAAGACUCACAAAGGGUACGGAGCAGUCUAGAGGAGCUGUGUUCUAAUCUCAAGUCUUCCAGGGCCCAGCUGGAGGACAAGCUUGGGCAUGAGCAGGGUAUUGAUAUGGAGUCUGUUACUCGCAACAUGAUGUCACAGGAAGCGGAAAACAACAAGGAAUUGUGGGAAACAGAGGUUGUUUCUCGCUCUAAACUUGGUCUGCGGAUUGUUCAGUAUGAGAGACAGAGACAGGAGGCUGUCAGCCAACUAGAAGAGGAGAAGAGAAAGUGCAGGAAAGCAAUGGAACUGAAGAAAACAUCAGAGGCCAAAUAUGAGGCUGAGCAUGACAAGAAUGUCCAACUUCAAACGGAGAUUGCUAGUCUAAAGGCGUAUCUGAAGUCAGCUAAGAAGCGGUUAAAGACUGUAGACACCUCGGACAAUCGCAUUAAUACUCUGCACUCAGACUUUGACCAGGAACGAUUAGCAAUGGAAGGAACUCUGUCUACAGUCAGGAGACAGCUAAGUGAGCUCCAACAGCAGGUUGAGGAGGAGGUGGACGGCAAGUCCAAGCUCCAGGCUAAGAACUUGCAGCUACAGAGUGAGCUUGGCUCGCUCAAGCGAUUACAGAAGAGUGUAGAAAAACUGGAGCGCAGCAAAACAAAGAUGGAGCAAGAGUAUACAUCAUACAAGAGUCGGGUGGAGAAUGGCUAUGUGGACAAGGAAGAGCUUGACCAAGUCAAGAAAGAAUUGGAGGCACGCUACCGACUAGAGCUCAAUCGCAAACUGGAUGAGGUCAACAGUUACCUGGAGGACCAGGCCCGCUCUCGCGAAAAGCUGGACACCUCUCGGGAUGAAACUGAUUCCAAACUCAAACAAAUCAACAGAAAAUUACAGGAGGAGACAACUUCAUUAAGAAUCAAGUAUGAGCAGAUUCUUGCCCAGAAGGACAGUAAAGAGAUGGAAGCAAAACGUUUCCGUGACCUGUAUGAGAGCGAGAUGCAGUGGAGGAUACGCCUGAGUGAGCAGCUGAUGAAAUCAACAGACCGUGCCUUCAACUACAAAACAAAGUUAGUUGCAGAAAGACAGAAAUCUCGCCUGUUCAAUAGUACCCCUGGUAACGUUUCAUUUUCCGGGACAUUGAACGGGCAGCUCCUGGAUUCAACACGCUUCUCAGGAACUGCAGACGAUAUCUUAGGCAACAAACUAAAGGCGGAACUUGACCGCAGCAUUGCCAAACAUCUAGAAGCUGGUCCUCAUGACAACAUUAGGCCCUUAAUCUCUAACUUUGACGAUCAUGCUGUCAACUCCUCGUUUGCCAAAUCUAACUCUGACUAUCUGGAGCUGCUGAAGAGGAAGUACUGUGUAUAGCAGACUACUGCCGACAGACCUCACAGCUCGUGUCUAUAAACCUGUACCCAGCAUUACAGUGCCAUGAUGAGAGUUACUUUGUGAUACAUAAUUGUACACAGCAUCACUAUUCAAUUCUUCCGCUUCAAUAGCAGUGGUGAACAAAAUCACAAAAUGUUCUUUCGCAUUGCCAGCAGUAGUGGAACAUGUAUUGGAGAACAUAUUAAGAACAGUUCAUUCCCAUUGCUGACUUACCGAGAACAAUAAUUCCCAUUGCUAGUACUGGAGGACUUACCGAGAACAAUAAUUCCCAUUGCUAGUACUGUAGGACUUACCGAGAACAAUAAUUCCCAUUGCUAGUCCUGGAGGACUUACCGAGAACAAUAAUUCCCAUUGCUAGAACUGGAGGACUUACCGAGAACAAUAAUUCCCGUUGCUAGUACUGGAGGACUUACCGAGAACAAUAAUUCCAAUUGCUAGUACUGGAGGACUUACCGAGAACAAUAAUUCCAAUUGCUAGUACUGGAGGACUUACCGAGAACAAUAAUUCCCAUUGCUAGUACCGGAGAACUUACCGAGAACAAUAAUUCCCAUUGCUAAUACUGAAGGACUUACCGAGAACAACAAUUCCCAUUGCUAGUACUGGAGGACACAUCGAGAACAGUUUAUUCCUAUGGCCAAUAUUAGUAGACGUAUAAAAACAGGCCAGCUAUAUUAGCCUGUGAUAUCUAGUUACAAACGUCCAUCCACAGAGCAUGUCAUCAAAAGUUGUCGCUAGGUUGUGAGAUGCCAUCAUAGAGUACAAAGCUGUCCGUGAGUGUGAGUGCCAGUUAUGAUGUUACAAUGCAUGAUUGCAGCAGUUAAUGACAGUAGCAUACCGUAGUUAUAAAGGUACAUUAGUACAAGUCGUAGCUAACUAUAAAUCAGGGAGGGUUAGUCUGUAUAGUAAAACAGAUGGUAUAGUUUAUACUACAUUACACAAAACUAUAGUAGGUAUACUGCUAUGUAGGAUAGUAGUCAAGGUUGAUAUUUAGACAUUGCACAAAAAUCAUGCUCUGGAAAACCUCUUCAUUUGAUGAUUUUACAAGGAUGUAAUCUAACUUACUGUCAUCUCAUCACGUUUUUGUGGAAUCUUAUUUUCAGUCACCAAUAUGAACCUUUCUUUUCUGUGUUUGUUUCUCAUUUUCGCAAAUUGUUAAAGGUUCUCUCAAAUUUAGGGGUUUUCCUGUGGCAUUACGAGGCAGACUGAUUUAUGGUGACGAGACCAGUGUGCACCAUUGUACAGGAACUAAAGGUGUAGCUAUUAACAGCAUUUCACACGAUAAUCAUGUGUCUUCUGGUAUGCUACUAUGCAAUAGUACACUAUAUGCAAUUCUUGUGAUGGUACUCCUUUCACUCGCAAUAAUAAGCCCGAAACUAAAGAUAUUAUUUCUGUGUUAAGUUUAUGAUAUAAUUAGUGCCAGUUUUCAGUUAUUUUUUGUAACACACAGUUAACGGUUUUGUUGUGGUUUAACCGUCCGUCCACCGUUUUAUCUCCUUAGUUACAUUUUUAAUGUGAUCACAGUUGUGUGCGAUGGUGUUACAGUACAUGUCACAUAUCAUUUUUUGAAAGAGUCGCUGAAAGGCAUGGUCUGUUAUGACCAUGCAUCUGAAGACAUUCUGAUGGGAUUAUGGUUGUUGUAUUAGUUGAAAUUUGAUCACUUCCGUCCCCAGGCAAGCCACCAUUUACACGACUCAGAGUUGUAGUUUUUAUUGUGUGAAAGUAUCAGGAUUUCACCUUUGAUAGAUUUUUUCGAAGUGCAACUGCAUCUUUUUCAUUUUUUUUGCCGUCCAGAAAUGACCUCACGUGAAGCAAAACUGAAUAUUUUGACUUCCAGGUUGAAAUUCAUUGGGUAGAUGUAAAAGGAUCGGCCAGUUUAUUCAUAAACAUAACAAGCCCUAGGAUGAAUCUGCAGAGAGGCCAUAUAGUUGUUUUGUACAAAUCACUUUCAUUUCCUGCUCACUGUGAUCAUCAAACUAAACUGAUUGUCUGAUAUAAAGUAUAAAUCUGUUCUUCUAAUAUGUAUAUAUUUAUUGAAAUUGUAGAUAGAGGUCGCUGAUCGUGCUAUGUCUCCAGGUUGUUAUAUAUUAUAUAUCCCCAUGUGCAAUAUGUACUCAAUACAGGUAUACAAGGUUGAGAGUGUGUGGAACUGUUCUGUUAUAGUGCAGGCUGUUAACAUCCCAGCCGCUGGCACCAAUUACUUGGUACCUUAUAUGUAGUUGAUUGAUUAGAUUCUAUAGAUACUGGAGUAUAUGUUUUACCUGACUACAGAUGCUGGGUUUUGAAUGAAAUCUCAGUUUACAUUUACACUUUCUGGGUGAAUUAACUUUAAUCAAAUACCUCUGAAAUUUCAUUUCUGCUGAAGUAUGUGUUCUAAAUUUAUGAAGAUUUUGCCUACCUCUGACUGCAUUUCUUCCGUGAUUGGGGAGUAAGGCUGCAAAGAACCUUUUUAGUGUAUCAUCUUAAUUAUUAAGUAACAGUUGGGGCACCUUGAUCGAUCUUAAAUGAAGUGAUGUGUUCAUGAGUGGUUGUGUUGAUCAUUAAGAUUGAAUAUCAUUGUCUGCCUCUAUCAAUUUCAUACACAUCAAGUAUUACUCUGUAUAAGUCACAUACUGGUUUAAUGCCCAUAUUAUGCAUCUGAUUAUAGUC